GCUAUCUUCUCCAGUCGGUCUUGGCAGGAGUGACAGGCGAGACGGACAAGAGCAGGAGAGUCAAAAAAAGGAAGAGAUGGCUUCUUCUGCUCCCAAAGAAAAAGAUAAAUCAAGUACUUGUACCAAAAAAAGUGUUGCAGUUGUCGGUGCUGGAGUUAGCGGGCUUGCUGCUGCAUACAAGUUAAAACUACGUGGUUUGAAUGUAACGGUGUUUGAAGCUGAUGAAAGAGCUGGAGGGAAGUUGAAAAGUGUUUCCCGAGAUGGUUUAAUAUGGGAUGAGGGGGCAAAUACCAUGACUGAAAGUGAUGCAGAGGUGGGAUUUUUGCUUGAUAACCUCGGACUAAGAGACAAGCAACAAUAUCCAAUUUCACAAACCAAGCGCUAUAUUGCAAGAAAUGCAACACCUAUACUGAUACCUUCAAAUCCUCUUGCACUUAUUGGAAGCAGUUUUCUUUCUGCACAAUCUAAGCUUCAAAUACUUUUUGAGCCAUUUCUGUGGAAGAAGAACCCAUCUAAGUUUUCUGAAGAACAAGAAAGGUUCCUUGACUUUUUCAUGAUGUUUACUGUAUACUUUUGCUUUUACGUGAUGUUCUCUUUUUCAAAUGUAAGUUCCAUUCAGCAGCUCAUGCUUGCAACAUAUUUUCCCCUGCUGAAGUGUGGUGGAUUCUUCGAACGCCAUUUUGGGAAAGAGGUUGUUGAGUAUCUCAUUGAUCCUUUUGUUGCGGGGACAAGUGGCGGAGAUCCAGAUUCACUUUCUAUACGGUAUUCAUUUCCUGACUUAUGGAGUCUAGAGAAAAGGUUUGGCUCUGUUAUAUAUGGGGCAAUUCAAUCUAAACUAUCUGCCAAACGUGAAAAUAAAGGAGGAACAAGAAGCUCUCCAGCAAACAAAAGGCGACAGCGUGGGUCUUUUUCAUUUCUGGGCGGAAUGCAGACUCUUACAAACGCACUAUGCAAAGAGCUUGGUGAAAAGGAUCUUAAACUUCGACAUGAGGUGCUGGAACUGUCAUGCAGUAGCCGCAGCAAGAGCUCGUUGUUGGAUAGUUGGUCAGUUUCUUAUGCAUCACAGCACAAAAAAAUGUCAGAGGAAAAAUCUUUUGAUGCUGUGAUUGUUACUGCCCCGCUCAACAACUUGAAAGAUAUGAAGAUCACCAAAGGAGGAAAACCAUUUCGGCUUGACUUUAUUCCUGAGGUUACAUAUUUGCCAGUAUCUGUUGUAAUCACCACUUUCAACAAAAAGAAUGUCAGGCGACCCCUUGAGGGUUUUGGAGUUCUUGUACCUUCCAAAGAGCAGCAAAAUGGUUUGAAAACACUGGGUACACUUUUUUCUUCGAUGAUGUUUCCAGACCGUGCACCAAAUGACACAUAUCUUUAUACUACCUUUGUUGGUGGGAGCCGAAAUAAGGAAUUAGCAAAAGCUACCAGGGAUGAGUUGAAGGACAUAGUGACAUCUGACCUUAGACAGUUGUUGGGUGCAGAAGGACAGCCAACAUUUAUGAAUCACUUCUACUGGAGUGCCGCAUUUCCACUUUAUGGGAGGAACUAUAAAACAGUCAUAGAAGCAAUUGACAAGUUAGAAAAAGAUCUGCCAGGAUUUUUCUACGCAGGUAACCACAAGGAAGGAUUGGCUGUUGGUAGAGCUAUAUCUUCAGGAUGCAAAGCAGCUGAUCUCGUAAUCUCAUAUCUGAAUUCUUCAUUGCAUGUUAAGGAAAGCUCUGAUUGAAGAUGUUGGAGAGGUAUGUGGGUUGGAGUUUCAAGCGCUGCUGCUGCAAUUAUUUCUGCUCUUCUUUUCUCCUUCAAUAUGCCCUCCUUCAAAGGCUGGAAAGUGGCAACUGAUUUGUCUUAUGUAAUUUGUACAAGGAAAAGAAAAAAGUUUCUUGUAGCUACAACUACGAUACAGGUGAACAGAGCGUUCGUUCGUUUAGUACUACUUCCUUGUCAAGUUUCAAAAACCCACCUUUCCCUCGACUGAAAAAUCAUGGCAUGCGGAACCUUACGGAAAAAUCCAAACCCGAAGGUUAAUUAGGGCCCGCCAUGUCCCUCCUCCUAGUAGUAGUAGAUUGGCUCGUAGUCCGUAUGAUACAAAGACGGGUACAAUACGAUUAUGAUAUUAUAUUUAGAUAUAA